AUGAACAUCCAGGAACAAUGUGUAUCGACCUCAGUGCGUUAUCGUCACUAUAAAGCCCAAGAUUAUGACGAUGUGGUGGAGCUAUGCAGAAACGUUUACGGUGGCAAAGAUUAUCUCCCCAGGAUUCUGGAGGCCUUGCCAUCCGACCCCUUAUGUUCACCAAGAGUUAUUUGCCAGGGAGACAAGGUGGUAGCUUUUUGCAAUUUGCGAUUCUUGGAGAGCGAUGCUGACUCUCACCAUGUCGCUUACAUUGAAGCAGUUCGAGUGUCGGAAGACAAUCGCCGUCAAGGCCUGGCGACUCGCAUCGUCCAGGAGACCAUGGACAGUGAAAUCGCCCGUGUCAACUCCCCAAAUCCUGUUCGCUUCUUAUCAACGACAGGGCACGACAGCGUCGCCAUGCCGACCAUUUUUGAAAGAGCCGGCUGGGCACGCCGUGGCCUCUCACUCAUCUGGCCCUCAGAUGCCAACUGCAACGCUAUUAGGAAUUCUAGUGCAGAUGUGCGAGGUCGAUAUUUGGAUUUGCUCAAAGUGUCGUCGUUUAUUCCACUAGCCGCCAAACAAUGUAUAUCGCGCUGGAGACAACUACACGAUUCACGAGACAUUCUUCUAGCAUUACAGGAUCUUCGAGCCCGUGGUGGCUGUUUCUUGCUACCACAAUACUAUUCCCUAAAUACCGCUACAGGAGCCUCAAAGUUUCUGCAGUCCCAAUUUUCAAAACAGGAGCGUCGCGAAGUAUGGAGGCUGGAGAGGGACGACAGACCGCCUGUAACAAUCUUCAUUUCCGUCAAAACUGCAGCUCCAUCAAAUCAGCAGCCGGACCAAUUCGUUUCGGUCUGCGCUGCAGACGUCUCCGGCGUCGAAUGCUGCAUCGCGUUUUUGGCAUCCCAGGAGCAGUUGACUUACUUUCGAAUAUCGCUGGACCCCUUGAUAAGCCUCGAGGAUAUGAAGAAAUCUCCUCUUCUCUCAAAAGCAGGCUUCUCAGGUUUUCUCAUCUUUGAAGCAACAAAGUGA